AAAAAAAAAAAAAAAAAGAGGAAGACUAUAAAAACAUAGGUGGAUAGGACGGAACCAGUAUGACACAUCCGGAAAGUUGCGGGCAAUCAAAGAAUAAAGAAUUUUUUUUUCAUUCCAUACGUAUCAUUGCCUUUUUUGGUCAGUGCGCAGUUAAGAGUAUAAAAAUUCAAGUCGGUAACAAUUUUUUCCACUUUUCCUUUCAUUGAAAAAACACAAUUUUUUUUUACUUAUGACUGUACUUGGUAGUAUACCUUUAUUUGGCUCUCUUUUUUCUACCUCGUCUAAACCUGAUCGUAUUCGAAAAAGUAUUCAACCUCUUUCGAAUGCACUUAAACAACGUCAACAACCAUAUAGUCGACAAGCCAAGACAACUACCAAUCCUACUGAACCUAUCACUGAAUCCAGUAUUUUGAAUAAUUUUCCUCGUCCUAAUCUUAAUCCUACUCUCCAUUAUACUUUAUUUGGUUUGACCAAUUCUCCACCUGAUCAAGAUUAUCCACGAUCUCAACAAACUACUCAAUGUUCUAAUUGUUCUGGACCUCAUAGUACUAUCUUUUGCCCCUGUUGAACAGUUUUUUUUUUUUUGAUAUACUAUUAUUUUAUCCAUUUGUAUUAUAGUUUCACUUAUUAUUAUUUCUUUUCUUUGUAUUCAUAUUUUUUUUUAUUAUCAUCAUUAUAUAUCAUUUUUUGAAUAAACUAUACAUGACUUCAUCUUUACAUAUUUAUUUUG